AUGGGAGGCUCGUAUAAAAAGAAACAACGAGCCGAAAAAGCCAAAGUUAAAUUGAAAGGCGCUAAAUUGCCUAAGGGUUUAAAUGUUACAAAGACUGAGUUUAAAAUACGUAAAAUAACAAUCAAGGAACAAUUAAAAGAUUUAAAAUAUGUUGACGGUCAAAGGCAAAUCAAUAUAAAGGAAACCUUAAAUCGCCUCAAACAUCACGGAUCAAAUUUUCGCUUAGAAUCGCUGCGUAAAUUAAGAGAAGCAAUUGUCAACAAUAGCUUAGACAUCUUGGGUUGUCUAAACGAAAUAAUCCAGGGUGUGGUUUCCAUGUGCUUGGAUGCGGAACGCGAUAUUAGAAGAGAAUCUUUUAAAACAUUGAGCAUUCUGUUUGAAUCACUGAAAGAAGUCUCAAUUGGGCCAUUUUUUCAUAUAAUUUCUUCGUACCUGCGCUGUGCUAUGACCCAUAUACAACCUUAUAUACAAGAGGAUUCAUUGUUAAUGUUGGAUGUUUUGCUGGAUCAUGUGCCAUCAUUGGUUGCUAAACAUAGCCAUAAGAUUUUUCAAAAUUUUCUGGAGAUGAUAUCACGGGUAAGAGCGGAUGGUGGUAAAGCCGGUCGAAUGCUAACAUUCAAUAUAGGAAAAAGGCAAACGAAUGUUAAGUGGCGUUCCAAAGUGUUGUUGCGUUUGCAACAAAUGCUAAGCAAUUUAGUAAGCCAAAGGAAAGAAGAAAAAGAUAGUCGCGGUCCUUUUACAAUAAGCGGAGGAAAGCAAAAGAAUCCAUUAAUAUUUAAUGCAAACGUACCACAGUACUACGGAGUGAAACGGUCAUCUCAGAAUGAUCUUCCAUGCGAUCUAUCAAACAUAUUUCAAAGAACGAUAGGUGAAAACGCCAUGCCUGGCAAUCUAUUGAUACACGAGGAAUGUAAUCAACUGAAAUCAUAUGUGGAUCAUUUAAUGCCUUUGUUGUUGGAAUCAUGGUUAGAAGUGCGACCGCAACACACUUCAGGAGAAGGAACAGAACGUUCAAUAAAUUCGGAUGCCGCUCAAGCUUUAAAAAUCGUUUCAGAAAUUAUAGCAGAUCUGUGGUUCCUAAUUGAUAUUCAUGAAGAACAAACUAAUAAUCACGCAUUGAGUUUAUGGUUUCAGGAUCAGUACAAAGAAAUAUUUGCUUUAAAUUUUGUGCAAACUGGCUUUCCCUACGAAUUAAUGGACGGGGACAAAGAGGUGAACGGCCCAGAAAAUUCAGUAAACAAAAAGAGAUCGCGAAAAUCGAAUCUUUCCCCGUUAACAUCGUACUGUUACAAUCAAAAUGUUUGCGUCAGUUAUAUAAUGUGUCGUUUUUUUGCUGGGAAUCUGCAAAUACAAGCAGAAAAGUUUUCAUGCAUUUUAAAAUAUUUAAAAGGUGUCAUCGACUCAAUGGAUCCGAAACGGGAGCAUGAUUAUUUAUCUAUCCUUUUAAAAGCUUUAAGGAGUUUACUCUUCAUGAAUGGCUUGCAAAUGCUUCAGACUCAUCGUGAGGGCACUCUUCUUCUGCUGAAAAGCUCCGUUAAAUCUUUUCUGAGUCAUAAGUUUGGCGAUUCAAUUUCCUCAUCUACACUUCUACUAUUGUUGUGCGAAAUUAUCCAAGAUUCUUGCCUUUAUAAGGCUUAUAACUGCCAGGAAUUGAAAGAAUUUCUGGAAUUUUUACCUCAUUUACUUUUAAAAUCAUCGAUUAGCGAAUCGAUAUUAUUAUCUAUGAUCCAAUUGGGUAAGCAACAGAACGAAGUCUUCUUAAGCACCUUACGACAACUUUUCAGCGAUGUGGUGAGAAAUUUGGAAAGAAUAAAAGUGAACGGGGCCUUAGAUGUGGUUGAGGGUAAAAAGCAUAUCAUUAACUUGUUCUAUUGGCAGAAUCCUCAAAGUGUAAGGGAAGAGGAUUUAAGAGAAAUAACGAGUAAUCUGAAUGAGUGUAUAACCGAUGAAAGACUAAAUGAUUAUUGCCACUAUGUACUGACAUUGAACUUUAAUAGAAGUAUAUAA